UGCAGAGCUUUAAGACCUCAAAUAAUGCAAAGAAAACAAGUUCAUAUUCCCUACAAGUAUGGAAAACAUUCUUAAAUUAACAUAAUUAAACAUGUACAGGUUUGUAUUGGUUUCCUUGUAAAUGCAACAGAAAGACACUCAGAGCCAAUAGAAUGUAUGGAAUCUCGAUGGGCGGACCGAAAGCGCGGAGGCUCGUUCUUUGGGGAGGGCGGGCCCAAUAGAAAGCGAAGAAGGAUCUCCCAGUGGGCGUGGCAAUGUAUCGGAAGGGGCUGUUCAGUGCGGGCUGGAGCGAGCAAAACAAAUGUAAGUGGGCGGAGCAAACGAACACAUGGAACUGCUACAGUGAGCGGUAGCGCUGAAGGGGGAGGGGCAAAUAGAACGCGCGGAAAGGUCUCGGUGGGCGGGGCUGAGGCUCCACUGCCCGGCUGGGUUUCAGCACUGUGACACUGAAGCGCCCCGCCUCGGUAACUACACACAACUUCUAGACGACUUGCUGGUCGUGUGUGUGAGAGAGUGUAUGAGGUUAUGAAUGAGUGUGAAUGAGUGUGUUAAAGAGUGUUUAAUAGAGUGUAUGAAGAGCUGAGGACCGGAGGGAGGAUGCUGCUGCUCCUGGCGACUCGGUGCUGAGUUUUUACCCGAGCUACAGGUCGCUGAGUCCGGCUGCUGAGGGAAGAAGGGGGGAGGAGUGUGGAUGAAGAAUGGAGGACCGAUCAGACAGCUUCACCACCACGGGCUGCACAUGGCUGCGGCCUCUCAGCGCCAUCACCGGCAUCCCUUUGGAUCAGGUAAACUUUAUCAUUUGCCAGUUGUUUGGCCUCGCUAUAGCAUUUUGGUUCCGCUUGAGCCUCAGUCCUCACCGAGUCAGUCCAACACUGCGCCAUGCUGUCGCUACCUUCCUCGGGAUAUCAUUCGUCACAUUCUGCUUUGGAUGGUAUUCAUCGCAUGUCUUGGUCUUGACGCUGGUCUGCUAUUUAAUACAGUGCCAAGCAAGUGUUCAAAACGUCCACUGGUAUUCCAUGCUUGCAGCAGUGGGCUACCUCACAGUGUGCCAGGUCAGCAGGGUCUUCAUCUUUAGCUACGGCGUCCUGUCCACAGACUUCUCAGGGCCAUUGAUGAUGGUAACACAGAGGAUCACUAUUCUUGCCUUUCAUGUCCAUGAUGGUAUGGGUCGCAAGCAAGAUGACCUUACACCAGAGCAGAGACGUCUGGCAGUCAGCACCAAGCCGUCCCUGCUGGAGUACCUCAGCUACAAUCUGAACUUCAUGAGCAUCCUGGUGGGGCCGUGCAGCAACUACAAGGAAUACGUAGACUUCAUAGAGGGGCGACACGUGCAGAGCAAGCUGAAGAAGCUACGAGAGGGCAGCUCAGAGCCAAACGGUUGGGAUGCAGUCUCAGAGCCUUCGCCUGUGCGGGCAGUGUGUCAGAAGCUGCUGGUGUGUGUCGGCUGCAUGGUCUGGUUCUUCACAAUCGCUAAAGCGUUCCCCAUCACCUACAACGUGGAUCCUGAGUUCAUGACCCAGGCCUCAUUCCUCAGCAGACUGGCCUACGCCUUUGUCUCCAUCCAGGCGGCUCGAUCCAAGUUCUACUUCGCGUGGACACUCGCGGAUGCCAUCCAUAACGCAGCAGGGUUUGGAAUCAGUGGAGUGGACAAGAAAGGCAGAGUGUCCUGGGACCUCGUCUCCAAUAUCCACAUCUGGGAGAUAGAGACAGCAACCAGCUUCAAAUCAUUCAUUGACAACUGGAACAUUCAGACUGGGGUAUGGCUGAAGAGUGUGUGUUAUGACCGCGUGCCGUAUUACCAGACCCCUCUGACCUUCGCGCUGUCUGCACUGUGGCAUGGAGUUUAUCCAGGAUACUACUUCACCUUCCUCACAGGCAUUCCCAUCACCCUCGCUGCUCGCGCUGUGCGCAGAAACUUCCGCCAGUAUUUCUUGGGCUCUCCCGCUGUGAAGUUUGCCUAUGAUGUGGUGACCUGGGCGGCCACUCAGCUGACCAUCUGUUACACCGUCAUGCCCUUCUUAGUGCUGGCUGUGGAGCCUACGCUAGAGUAUUACAGGUCCAUGCACUUCUGUGUGCACAUCAUCAGCAUUCUGGCUAUUAUCGUCCUGCCCCAAAGACCCAGGAGCUCCAAGCCUGAAAAACAUGCCCAGCACUCCAACAAUAAUGUGAAAGAAGAAUGAACACUAUUACGGUGUGUGUACGUGUGUGUACGUGUGUGUACGUGUGUGUACGUGUGUGUACGUGUGUGUACGUGUGUGUGUUUGUGUGUUUGUGUGUGUGUAUAUGUAUGUGUGUAAAGGACAAGCAGAGCAGAGGACUGGAACUGGACAAAGGCUGCUCUGUGGAAGCAACAAAGAAAGCUCGACAGGGCCUUGACCAGCUGGCUGGUUGGCCCUGUGCUGCCCCCUCAGCCAGGACGCUUGCCAGUGAAGCACUCCGUGUAUACACACACACACACAAGCAAACACACACACAGUCCAAUCAAAAAAAGGACGUGGUAGCUCGGUGGGUGAACACGCACCCCAAAAAAGCCUGAGCCUGAGCUGCAAGACUGCCUCGGACUCGAACGGGGAGAUGUCGUAUCAACCCCAAGUAUCAGAGCGACCAUUUUCUGUAAACAGCAGAAUGAACACUUCACACCUUUUACUAAGUAAAUUAAUUCUGCCCUUGUUAAGGGUUUUUAAACCUGUUUUAAAACAGAGGUAGUCAAGGAGCAGAGAGGGGAAGAGCCUACUUGUGAACUAAUGUCUAAUCUAUAUUUAUUGUCUGUGUAGUGUUGGUAUUGCAAGAACCAGGGUUAUUGUGAUAUUACUGUUUUAAAGUGUUUUGAAUAAAAAAUAAAGCAGAAGUUUUAAUAAAUAA